CUUUAAACGCCAGGGAAAAGGGUUAGAGUGUAACAAAUGCUCUACCUCUUGGUUUCUAUUAGUCUCGUAGGCACUCCAGUUGAGUAGGUUACAGCCUGAAAUGUUACAUGUUAAAAAGUUGCGUAAAAGCUAUACCUUUAAAUAGCACUCCAACGGUUUGAUGAUAUAUGCUAUUACAAGUCUGUACCUCCAGGGCUUCUAGGUGUGCAAUACAGGCGUCGGCGCUCUUACAUGUUGCACCGAACUUUCUUUCGGACGCACGAUAUGGCGUAGAAAGUUUGCUUGUAGUUAGGUACUAGCGUGUGCAACCAUGACAUUGAAAGAAACGGAAUUAUUAGCACCUCCCAACGGAGGAGAUGCAGAGACCGAUCGUCAGCCGCGGACGGUUCCCGAGGAAUGGAGGAAAGCGCGCGCUGCGAACGCAGAGGACUGGUUCCAAGGCCGUAAAGAAGAGCUUCACAGGCAAUACCUCGAGGAGAAGCAGGCGGUGAGGGACAGCAAGGCGGCGGCAGCGGCAGCAGCAGCAGACGAGGCGGCUUACAAUGCACGCGUCCAGACCAUGGUCCGAGAGCAGCAGGCCUUCAGUCGCUCGGUGCAGCAGCAGCUGACAGUCCUGCGGCAACAACGGUUGCAGGUCAACCUGGAGUAUCAGGCUCUCCGCCUGCCCCACUACACCCCACCCCGGCCCCUCGCCCUCAUCACCGCCCCCGACGGCGGCCCCUCCUUCCUGGAGCGCCUCUUCAACCGCGCCCUAGCCACCACCCUCAUGACCGCCGUCACCACCACCAGCAGCGGCAGCAGCAACGGCGGCGGCGGCAGCGGCAGCGGAGGAGGUACAGCAGCAGGAGGAGUAGGAGGCGGCGGCGAGGCUGUGUGGUGCGAGCUGGGACAGAGCCGUGUGAGCAUGCAGGAUCCGCAGCUAGCCAGGGCCGAAGCCCUGGAGCGGUGUCGCAUGGCCGUGGUCGUCCUCUCGCCCGCCCUCCAGGCCAGCCCCUGCUGGGCCAUAGAGCGCCGAAUCCUAACCGCCAGACUAACGGCGCCGCCAGGCACCUGGCCCGGCCCGCCGCUAUCUGCCGUACUCGUUGUACGGCUACAUGUGCCGCCGCCGGCUUCCGCCGCCGCCGCCGCGGCGGCCGCCGUUGCCGGCAUGGGUCGAAAGGCGGCUGCGGCUGCGGCCGCAGCCUCUGCAGCGGCACGGGCGCCUAAUCCCAAUCCGGAACCGUCAUUACCGUUGCCGGAUCCGGUUCCCGGGUAUCCCGUACAACGGUAUCCGUUGACCGUACUUGACAUGACGGUGCCACAGCCGCCGGAGCCCUGGGCGGAGGGCACGCCGGCGGGUACGGCACUGGCCCAGGCGGUUCGAGCCGCGGUCGCCGACAUCCUGUCAGCCGCCUCCUCUCCCACCUUCUCCCCCGGCGGCCGCCCUCACGACAGCCCCCUCUCCUCCUCCGGCCUCCGCCUGGUACCCGACCCGCCCCCCGUGCACCUCCAUCCCGCACACAUCCACCAGCAACCCGAGCAGCUCCUGCUAGCCACAUUUGCCUCCUCAGGCAGCGGCAGCGACUCCCCAGCCCUCUCCUCCUCGCUAACCCUGGGCGCCUCCCUGGCAGGAGCGGGCAGCAGCAGCAGCCUCACCACGCAGAUCCUGGCGUCGCCGGCGCAUGCGGCUGUAGCACCCGGGCCUGCUGCUACUGCCGCUCACCUGCUGCCGCCGCCGUACACGCAGCGGGCGGUGGAGGACUGGACGAUGUACGACACGGUGGUGUGGCUGAGCUCCCUGGGUCGCUCGCUGGGUCGCUGGUGCGGCGGCUUCCUGGCGCUGGCAGUGGACGGACCGCUGCUGGAGGUGGCUGACGAUACGGACCUGCAGGCUGCAUGCGGGGUGGCGUCUGACAAGGCGCGAGCGACCAUUGGGGAGGCGCUGGCCAGCACCCUCCGCCGCACCUGCAGGCUGCGCCCCUCCCGCUCGCUGCUGCCCGGAUCCGACGGCCCCGCCACCCCGCUGGCCCCCGAAGCUGCCGUACUGCCGCCGCCGCAGCGGGCGGCGCUGCUGGCAGACAUGUUUGCCUACUACGACCGGGACCACAGCGGCGACCUGGACAUGCUGGAGCUGGGGCGGCUGGUGCGGGCGUGCGGGCUGAGGCUGAGCGAUGAAAGGCUGAAGGACGUGCUGGACGACUACGAUGACGACUCGGACGGGCUGCUCAACGACUACGAGGCGGCUCGACUGCUGGAGGACGUGUGGAGGCUGGUCAUGGCGCAACAGGAUCUGGCGGCGUGGACCCCCUCCGAGUCCGCAGCAGCGCUGAAGGAUGCCGUGGACCUGGAGUGGCCCUUGGAGACCCCCCGCGCCACUCCAGAUGCCGAGAAGGCCGCUUCACGUAAUGCCGCCGCCGCCGUCGCUGCCGUCGCCGCCGCCGUCGCUCGCGGCAGCCUCAAUGGCUCCGACGUCUCAAUCAACAUUGUCGGCAGCGGCAGCGGCGCCGCCGAACGCACCCACCGGCCCAUGGGUCCAGCAUCUCCGCCGGUGUCCGCCGCCGAUCCAACCGGCAGCGGCGACGGCGCCGUUGGCGGCGGCGGCGCCGCCGCCGCUGCCGCCUGCGGCGGCGACGGCAGCAGCGCUGCUCGUUCCUCCUUCAACCGGGUGGGGGCCCCCAGUGUGACUUACAGCGCCUUGUACGGGGCAACGGAAACGGUUGAGGGGGAGGACGAGACGGGCGCGAGGGUACGGUUGGUGGAUAAGACGGCGAGUGCGUCGGCGGUUAGUGUGUUUGGCGGCAGUGGCAGUGGCGGCAGCGGAAGCGUCGCGUCGUACACGUGGGGUCUGCCGCCUCGUCUGUCCCAGUGGUCCAACAAGUCCCGACGGACGAGCGACGCGGGCAGCAUUACCUCCACCACGGCUCCUUGGGCGGGUGCAAUCACGCCUAGGGUUCCCACCGGCAAGCACCACCUGUCCCCGGAGGAGAUGGCGGCGAGGGACGUGGACGUGCAGCGGCUGCUGAGGCGGGAGCGGGGCGAGGCGGAGCUGAGGGAGGCCCUGCGGCGUGUGGCGGAGGGUCUCGACCUGCGUCGCUCGGGGCGAGUGGAGCUGCAGAUGCUGCGAGCCGCCCUAGCCGCCUCAGGUCCCCAGCAGCAGCUAACUCCUCUGCACACGCAAAUCCUAUCAGACCUGGCCGAUGCACAUGCGCAACUGCCAACCGCCACAACCGACGCCGCCGCCAUUGCCGCACAUAACGCCAACCGCAACCGCAUGCUGUCGAGCGGUAGCCUUAACGGCUCCCGGCGGCUGCUCGCGAGCGGACCGUUGGGAGAGGCGUUGCUGGGGCUGGAGGUCCCGCUUCCGUCGUACAUUUCUUCCGGGGUGGCUGCCGUACAAGCCGCCCAGACGACGCUCUUGCAUAUUGUGUACGGAGAGCGGGGACUUUCGGCCAUGCUACGGCAACUCUAUCGGCAGGGCGCCGGCCCCGAUGACCCGCUGGAGCUCCUGACCCGUGGGCCACGAGUGCACCCGGGCGCCUCGCAAGCGGCACUGGAGGCGCUCAUGGAGGUGCAGGGCCUCAAGCCCACCGCCCUGCUCCGCGCCGCGCUGCUGCCCAGCCACCAGCUGUCCGCCCACCGGGACGAGGAAGACGAGGAGGAGGACAGUGAUGUACACAGCGGCGGCGGGUACGGAGGAGGCAGCAGCUCCUUUGCUAUCCGAGGAGGUGGGGCUGGAGGCGGAGGAGGUGGUCUGCCGGCGCCGCCGCUGAUGAUCAGCGGGACGCCACUGAGCCUUCAUUCCGCGCAGCGCUACCCGCAGGCGUGGGCUUCGGGCACUGCGCACAUCCUGCAUGUGUUCCAGCAGCUGGGGUUGCGAAGCGCGGUGUAAAGGGGAGUGGUGCAAGGGAAAGGGGAUUGUGGGGAAGGGAAGGGAAUGUAUUGUAAGGGGGUGGUGAUGAGGACCGGGGGCUGCUGCGGUGGGCGACUGUGCAUUGCAGCGGGCGUCGUUGGGCCUCCGGGGCCUUCCUCAGACAUGGGGUUACUGGAGGGGUUACUCCUGCUGCUGCUGGAUAGCUGGCUGCUGGAUAAUGGACACAAAUGGAUUUAUGGAUUUAGGCCGGAUUUUUCGACUGCGUAUUGUGACUGCGCUGCUUCCCCUAAUGGCACCCUGGGCCGGCUUUAGGUACAAUGGUACGACGCUGCUACUAGUGCUGCCGUGUCUGACAGCAGGUGUCAUCGCGGACGUGUGCUGCCUGCAGCGAUGCAGGCGUGGCACCUUUACGUGCAUGGAUGUGGUUUAGGGUUUGGUUAACGAGGCGUGCAGGGUGGAGGGGUACAUGGAGUCAUCUGACGUGGUGGCAGCAGUGUAGUGACGCCGACACGACAUGAACAUGAGGGCGGCGCAGGGCCUGCGAUUUGCGGCCCACGCAUGUGUGUUCAGGCAACGUGAGUGCGCAUAUGCGUGCGCGCCGCUGAUGCUGUUUCGUAUGGUUGUGUGUGAUGCCAUACCGGCACGACGUGUGAUCAAUGUUGCGGGCUCGGAAGGAGAUACCAGGCGUGCCUAAAACACACAGGCGGAGGACGGCCUAACGCAGAGACUCCGGUACACGCAGGCGAAUGCAGGCAUGCGUGUUUGCGGCGGCGGACAUGCAUGCCGCUCUCUGGGAUCACCUGCAGCAGCACAGGUGCUUCUAUCGUCCACGUGGUUACAAUGCUCUACCAGGCUGCUGCAAAACCGAAUGAGCCCUAGCAGCAUGGUUCAUCGUACGAUGAAGGGCCCUAUCGUCUUGGCGUGUUCCCCUUCCCCAUGCAGGCCCAAUACGGACCUGUUGCACCGGAAGAGGUUGAUUACCUCGCCCCACCGCCAUCGCCAUGAUACCACCACCAUGUUUCUCCAGGAUAACACACCGCAAACGCUGAGCCUUAGUUACUGCAGGCUUGAGGGUGGCCCCACCGCCACGCCCGCAGCCAACACGCAGUCUGUCGAUUGUGACCGUACGUAGAACACCAAAUGCAACUUCACAAUUACCUC